AUGAAGGAAGAGGUUGGAACCGGUGGUGGAGGCGGCAGCGGCGGCAGCAGCAACGGUGGCUGGGCUCGUAUGUGUGAUUCAUGCCGUGGCGCAGCAUGUACAGUUUACUGCCUAGCUGAUUCUGCUUACCUCUGUGCCGGUUGUGACUCACGCAUCCAUGCCGCCAACCAAGUCGCUUCUCGACAUGAGCGCGUGUGGGUUUGCGAGGCCUGUGAACGCGCACCCGCAGCUUUCACCUGCAAGGCCGAUGCAGCUGUGCUCUGUACCAGCUGUGACGCUGAUAUACACUCUGCAAACCCACUCGCGCGUCGCCACCACCGCGUCCCUGUUCUACCCAUCUCGGGUUGCCUUUAUGGCCCCUCUGCAACUAACCCAGUUAGGCCUAUGGAACAAGAAGCGAAUGUGGAGGAUGGGUUCAUGGUUUCAGGUGCUCAAGAGGGUGAUGAGGACUUAGAUGAAGAUGAUGAUGAGACUGCUUCUUGGUUGUUGCUUAAUCCUCCUGUUAAGAAUGGUAACAACAACAACAACAACAACAAUCAAAGCAACAAUGGGUUUUUGUUUGGUGGGGAGGUUGAUGAGUAUUUGGAUCUUGUGGGUUAUAAUUCUUCAACUGAGAAUCAGUACAAUGAUCAGUAUAAUCAUCAGCAACAUCAUCACUAUGGUGUUCAGCAGAAGAAUAAUAAUGGGAGUGACAGUGUGGUGCCUGUUCAUGGUAUGCCAACAAAGGAGCAGCAGCUGCAACAUCAACAACAACAUAAUCUUCAGCUAGAGAUGGAGUAUGAGGCUUCCAAAUCUGGGUUCGGUUAUGCUGCUUCACUUAGUCACAGCGUCUCAUUUUCAUCAAUGGAUGCCAGUGUUGUACCAGAGGCUACGAUGAGUGAUAUCUCAAAUUCACACUCUAGACCUCCCAAAGGAACAAUUGAUCUCUUCUCCAGCCCUCCACUUCCAAUGCCACCUCAGUUCACUCCAAUGGACAGAGAGGCCAGAGUUCUUAGAUACAGAGAGAAGAGGAAAACAAGGAAGUUUGAGAAGACAAUAAGGUAUGCAUCAAGGAAGGCUUAUGCAGAGACCAGACCCCGUAUCAAAGGCCGCUUUGCAAAGAGAACAGAUGUAGAAGUUGAAGUGGAUCAACUGUUCUCAACCACUAUAAUGGCGGAAAGUGGAUAUCGCAUUGUUCCAUCAUUUUAACUCCAAUAAGGAAAAUGUCAUCCUCUCUUUGUGAGAGAGAAGCAUGAGUCAGUACUACUGUUACUUCUAAUACUACUGUACCUUUAUUAAGGCAACCAGAUUGAGUCUAUGAGAAUUAUGAGUCAAAUAUUCUGUAAAUACUCUUGAUUGUCUCUCUGGGUUCUUGUCAAUACAUAGUAACACUAGAGCUUUUGUUUUA